AUGGAUCGUGACUAUGGCCAUGGAUCCUAUGGGGGUCAGAGACCCAUGGAUUCCUACCUAAACCAGUCAUAUGGCAUGGACAAUCACAGUGGUGGUGGUGGGGGUAGCAGCCUGCACCUGUAGGCUCUCGGGGGAGAGGAACGCCUGCUUAUCCUGAAAGUACGUUUGGAAGCAGAGACUAUGAUGCUUUUGGAGGACCAUCAACAGGCAGAGGCCGAGGCCGAGGACAUAUGGGUGAUUUUGGAAGCAUUCACAGACCCGGGAUUGUUGUUGACUAUCAAAACAAACCCACCAAUGUGACAGUUGCCACUGCACGAGGAAUAAAGAGAAAAAUGAUACAGCCAUUUAAUAAGCCUGGGGGAGCCUUUAUCAAGAAACCUAAGCUAGCAAAACCUGUGGAGAAGAUGGGUCUCAGCAAGUCACCGACAAAAACUGAUCCUAAAAACGAAGAAGAAGAAAAACGACGAAUUGAAGCUCGACGAGAGAAGCAAAGGCGUAGGAGAGAGAAAAACAGCGAGAAAUAUGGAGAUGGAUACAGAAUGGCAUUUACAUGCUCAUUUUGUAAAUUUCGGACGUUUGAGGAGAAAGAUAUUGAACUGCAUCUGGAAAGUCCUUCACACCAGGAAACAUUAGAUCAUAUUCAGAAGCAAACCAAAUUCGAUAAAGUAGUUAUGGAAUUUUUACAUGAGUGUAUGGUGAAUAAAUUCAAAAAGACAUCUAUUCGUAAGCAACAGACAAUUAACCACCCAGAAGCUUCCAAAAUAAUUGAAAAAGAUAUUAUGGAAGGUGUCACUGCAGACGACCACAUGAUGAAAGUGGAGACUGUUCACUGCAGCGCUUGCAGUGUGUACAUCCCCGCCUUACACAGCUCAGUUCAGCAGCACCUCAAGUCUCCUGACCAUGUUAAAGGGAAGCAGGCUUAUAAAGAACAAAUAAAAAGAGAAAGUGUGUUGACUGCUACAAGCAUUUUAAACAAUCCAAUAGUGAAGGCACGGUAUGAACGUUUUGUUAAGGGAGAGAAUCCUUUUGAACCUCAAGAUCAUUCUCAGGAUCAGCAAAUAGGAGAUGAGGAGGAUGAAGAAAAGAUUGAUGAACCCCUUGAUGAAGAGGAGGAUGAAGAAGAGGAAGAAGUAGAGGAAGUGGCAGAAACAGAAGAAGUAGAGGAAGUGGGAGAAGCAGAGGGAGAAGUAGAGGGAGAAGCAGAGGGAGAAGCAGAGGCAGAAGCAGAGGCGAGCUGCUGCUCUGUAGGUUAUCUUAGCAUCCCGAACAUUGGGUUUGAGUUCCUCAGCAAUCGUUUUGUGUUCUCCGCAGAAAAGAAGCAAUAA